CUUAGAAAGUUAUAUUAUGAAUAGUAAUCUAACUUUUUUUCCCGAUUUUUUUUAAAAAUUAUAAGAAUGAUAAGAAUGCUGCUUUUCUUCUGAUGGAAAGUGACAGGCUAAUUAUCAGUCUACCCAGAGUGAAGUGGACAGAAGUAGCACUGACAAUGGCAUCUCAGCUGCAAGAAGAAUGUAUUGCAUUUAUUAUAGAAAACUUCUCCAAGAUCAUUCAAAGUGAAAAUUUUGCUCUUCUCUUACAGUCACAAGCAAUGAGCAGCACAGCUGAUCUAUUGGACAAAAUUUUCAAAGCAAUUGAAGAAAACAUUACCACUGAGAAUAGCUGUUCUCUUUUUAUGGCUCUGGACAUGUUACUGAACUCUGACAGUACAAAGGAAAUGGGUUUUACGUGCAAGAUCCAGGCUCUGCGUGAUAAGCUGUGGAUCUUCCUGGUUCAGUCUUUCUAUGCUGUUCGUCACACAGAAAGCUGGAAGCUGAUGAGCACAGAUGAUCAACAGAAAAUCCAAGCAGCUGCAUUUGACAAAGGUGAUGAUCGAAGACUUGGCAAAAAGCCUGUAUUCAGUAGUUCUCAGCAAAGGAGACAAGUUUCUGACACUGGUGUUAUAAAAAACAAAUCUUGGAGAGGAAAUACCAAGAAGGAUUGUCGGAAUUAUCCCUCUACUAAGGAAAAGAUGAAAUCUGAUGGAUUAGGAACAUCUGGACAUUCAUCAAGUACUAAUAGAAGUACUGUAAAUAAAACUUUGAAACAGGACGAUUUAAAGGAAAAGGGUGGUACAAAAACAGCAUCUAAGGUUACAAAAGAACUUAAAACUGGGGGGAAGAAUGUUUCUGGAAAGGCCAAAGCUAUAAUAAAGUCCCAAACAGAAAACAGUGAUAAUGCUAAGUCAGCAAACACGUCGCCUAGACAAGCUGUGGAAAGAGCAGCAGCAGCGUCAGCAAAUGGACAGAAAAAUUCAUUAAAUGAAAAAGGAGUGAGAGGUCAGGAAGGGCACAUUACAGGUGCCAGACCCAAGGUACUCACUGGCAACUUAAAUGUGCAAGCCAAAGCAAAGCCUUUGAAGAAAGUGACAGGAAGAGAUUCUCCAUGCCUCAGCAUUGCAGGGCUUUCCAGCAGAUCGACCAAUUCAAGUAUGGAAUUACUGAUUUCCACUGAAUGUCUGUAUGAACCAAAAGAAAAUGGAUCAGUAGGAGAAGAGAGGCCUUCUGGUGAUAAACUGUCCUUUUGUGAAUCUCCAGGACAGACAGUGAAAAACAGUGUGGAAAGUAUCAAAACUACUGUAGUAAAAUCUCGACCUGUUUCAAAAGUUACCAAUGGAACUUCAAAUAAAAAAGGCACUCAAGAAGAAACUUAUAUAAAUAACAGUGUGCUAAAGAAGGUCACUAGCAAAGGAUACAGUGAUCCAGUACCACAGGCAAUUUUAAAGAAAAAAGGAAAUGGCAGUGGAUGUGCUACAGCUCAACAGAAGGCAAAAAAUGCCUCAUCUAGUCUUGUUAAGACUCAAGGAUCCCAAGGAGAGUCACCAAGUUCAGUAAAAUCUUCAGUCUCUUCAAGGCAGUCUGAUGAAAAUGUGACAAAAUUGGACCACAGUACAAGUACAGAUAAACAAACACCUAAGAAAAAAAUUGUCAAGCAAGGACACACACCUUUGCCUAAGGUUAAGGCAAAAAUAGCGGCAAUGCCUAAAAACUUAAAUCAGUCUAAGAAAAGUAAACCUUUGAGUAAUAAAGAUUCAAAACAAAAAACGCUUCCAGGACAGGUUAUAUCGAAAACUCAGCCUUCUUCUCAAAAACCUUUAAAAAGUGAAACAUGUGUUGUCCAAAAAAGUAUGCUUCAUGAUGUACAUGAUAAUAAUAACAAGGAUGAUAUUUCUGAACAGAAGCGUCCUGAACCUCUAAUUAAUCUCACAUCAGAAAUCAGUGGUAGAGAAGCAUUCCAGUCGUCAUGCAAACCUGACCCCCAAAAGCCAUUAAACAAUCAAGGGAAAGAAAAAUUAGUAUUAGAAUGCCAAAGUAUUUCAAAUCUGGAUAAAGCAAUAAAACAGGAACCGGAAUCAAAACUGAUUUGUUCAGAUAAAAGCAAAACAAAAUUUUCCAGCAAAGAAUCAGAUCAUCACAGCACAGCUAAAAUACACUGUCUUUCUGAUGGGAGUGAUAAUGCAGAUCCAAAAUGUUAUAGCACCACUGUCCUAAAAUCCAUGAUUUCAAAUCCCAGUGAAAACUCCUUGAACUCUAAUCCUGUUUGUGAUGUAGACUCAGCAAAUGCAGAGCAAAUCCAUUCAGUAUCAGACAGGGAAAAGCAAGGAGGGAAACAAGAUAUAAACAAAAAAUUAAACAUUAAAUGUGUCAAAGAUGUUUUACCAUGUGUUCCUGAAAGGACAAAUGGUACCUUAAAUUCUGUCCAAGAUGACAGAAAAUCUAAAAUUCAUGUAGAAGAACAGAAAAUUCAUAGUCACUUGCCUGAUGACUCUGCUAUGAGUGAAAUCAAGCAUGCUACAGCAGACUCAGAUACUUCCUCCAAGUGUGUUUUGGAACAAAUAUCAGGAAAAAAUUCUCCUAAAGAUAUGGAAACAACAGAAACUCCAGAGAACCAUGAAACUCCAGAAGUUCCAUUUAUGAGCCAUUGGAAUUUGAGUACCAGUGGUCUGCAUCAGGGAGAGAGUCCUGAAUCGGACACUGGCAGUGCUACCACAUCCUCUGAUGACAUAAAGCCCAGAUCCGAAGACUAUGAUGCUGGAGGGUCUCAGGAUGAUGAUGGGUCAAAUGACAGAGGUAUUUCUAAAUGUGGCACUAUGCUGUGCCAUGAUUUUCUUGGAAGAAGUAGCAGUGAUACCAGUACUCCUGAAGAAUUAAAAAUAUAUGAUAGUAAUUUAAGAAUUGAAGUGAAAAUGAAAAAGCAAAGUAGUAAUGAUCUUUUCCAAGUUAAUUCGACAAGUGAUGAUGAGAUUCCUAGGAAACGACCAGAAAUGUGGUCUCGAUCUACAGUAGUCCACCCUAGAGAAAAAGAAAAUAUUCUACGAGGCAGUGUCCAGUUUGCUCAAGAAGUAGAUCAAGUUUCUUCCUCAGCAGAUGAAACAGAAGAUGAAAGAUCUGAAGCUGAAAAUGUUGGAGAAAAUUUCCGUACAUCUAACUCAGCUCCUCAGCAGUUUCAGGGAAUAAUUAAUUUGGCUUUUGAAGAUGCAGCAGAAAAUGAAAGUCACGAGUUUACUGCAACUAAAAAUUUUAAAAGAUCAGUCUUACUUUCAGUAGAUGAAUGUGAAGAACUAGGAUCUGAUGAAGGGGAAGCCCAUACUCCCUUUCAGCCUUCUGUAGGUUCUCUUUCACCUUCUGAUGUUUUUGAUGGCAUUUCUCAUGAACAUCAUGGAAGGACCUGCUAUUCCAGGUACACACAAGGAAGUGAAGGUAGUAUUUUAGAAUGUAAACAAGAUAAAAGCAAUAGUGUAUAUAAAAACGAAAGCUCUCUCUUGGGUCCCAGUAGCACUGACUCCUCAAGAAAAGAUAAACAUUUGAGUGCUUCAGCCACAGGAAAAAAGUUCACAGUAGAUGUCCUGUCCAAAGGAGGCAGACAGCUUCUUCCAGAAGAUAAAAAAGUAAACAGUGGAAGAAAUGUGGAUAAUGACUUUCAGCAAUGCAGCAAACUCUCAGAUAAUGAUAUAAAAUCUCAAGAAAGACCAUGUCAUUUGGAGCUUCAUCAAAGAGAACCCAAUUCUGACAUACCAAAGAAUAGCUCUACAAAAUUUCUGGACUCCUGUCGGAGUCAACUUCUGCCUCAGGAAGGUCAAGUGAAAGAGAACCAUUCUACAGCUACCAAAAAAGCUAAUAUUGCUUUAUCUGCAGGAGACAUAGAUGAUUGUGACACACUGGCACAAACCUACAUGUAUGACCAUCGGCCUUCAAAAACCCUCUCUCCAAUAUAUGAGAUGGAUGUAAUAGAAGCAUUUGAGCAGAAAGUGGAAUCAGAGACACAUGUUACAGACAUGGAUUUUGAAGAUGAUCAGCACUUUGCAGAACAAGAUUGGACACUAUUAAAGCAACUGCUCUCUGAACAGGAUUCAAACUUAAAUAUUACGAAUUCUGUUCCUGAAGACUUAAAUUUAGCACAGUAUCUAAUCAAUCAGACACUACUUUUAGCACGAGACAGCUCAAAACCUCAGGGUAAAGCACAUGUUGACACUUUGAACAGAUGGAGUGAACUAACCUCUCCCCUUGAUGAUUCCUCAGCAAGCAUCACCAUGGCUAGUUUUUCCUCCGAAGAUUGUUCUCCCCAAGGGGAAUGGACAAUUCUGGAACUGGAAACUCAGCAUUAAGAGUAUUAACACUUUGGAAAAUUUUGAACUAUGCCACCACUUUAUUUUUUGAUGCUUAUAUUAUAUCCAAAUAAUAAUUGCAUUAGCCAGAGAUAGACUGUCCUUAAUAUUGAGGGAGUCUUUCCAAUUUAUUGAGGUAAACAUAAUUUGUUUAUUAAUAUAUCAUAUGUAGAAAAAAGGUGUUUUUCUAAAAUUUUUGAGCAUGUUUUAUUAAUUAUUAGAGAAAUUAGACUUAUAAAGAAGCCCUUCAGUUUUCCUUUCCUAACUGAUCAUUUGUUCACUUGUUUAUAAUUCAAGAAUUUAAAAUGUGAAUGCACAAGUAGAUCAGUCCCUUUACUUUUUGCUCUGCAUAUGGUAACAGUAAUUUAACAAUAAAAACUUAUUGUGCUUGU